CGAAGGGGACCAAGAGGAGGGGGAAUGAAGUAAUAUUUUUAACACAGUGAAGGCGUUUGAUAGGUGAGAAACCCAUUGAAUCAGAGUCAUGUUUCCUCUUCUACAGGCAAAACAGUGUUUGGAAAAUACUGUACAUUUGUAAAUAUAUGCUCUUGCGCAUCCAUUCCUUUUCUAGUUUAAUCAUUGAUCCCAAUCCCAUAUCGAUAUAUCCAAUCCUUUUUCAACGUCUCUCUUCACAUCCCUUUCUUCACUGUAACCUUUCAGAAAAGAAAAAAAAGCAAAAAGAAAACUCCAUCAAAUCAUGGUGAUGGAUCCUUCAAGAAAAAACUACCCACUUGGCUCAAAAGCAGCACUUCUCACUGUAGCUUUCAUCUUUUUGCUCCUCGCGUUUCUGUCACUCAAAUCAGUGUCUGCAGUUUCAGGAGAUGGAAAGAGUUUUUCUGAGAUGAAAAAGAGGUUGGGAUCAAGGCCUCCAACUUGUGUUCACAAAUGCUCCAAUUGCAGGCCGUGUACUGCAACUCUUGUAAUUUCUCAUGACGAUAAAAAGGGUCGACCGAGAUCAGCACCAAAAUCAUUUCAUGAUCUUGAAGACGAUGAAAGUUACUAUCUCCAAACAUGGAAAUGCAAAUGCGGCAAUAAGCUCUUUGAACCUUAGAAAAUAAAAUAUUAUUAUUAUUAUUAUUAUUAUUAUCAUCUUCGACAGAUGAACAAUGAUUAGGUGAAUCUGUGUGGGAAGAAGGUAUCUUUUUCUGUUCAUCAUCAUCUUGUUGUGUGUUUUGUGUAAGAUCGAUGAUACUGUGACGUAUAUUUAUUAAGAUAAUGUAAUGCAUGUUAAUAAUUGCUAUUUAUAAAUUAGA